AUGUCUUCUAGUGCUGUCGAAAAGUUUCGCCCUGUGGUGGUUUCCGGUCCCUCUGGUACUGGAAAGUCCACACUACUCAAACGUCUUUUCGCUGACUACCCCGACAAAUUUGGAUUCUCAGUAUCCCACACCACUCGCCAACCUCGCGCUGGGGAAGAAGAGGGUAUCUCAUAUUAUUUCGUGACCAGGGAGAGCUUCCUGGAUCAAGUAUCCCAGGGUUUGUUUAUAGAGCAUGCGCAGUUCGGCGGCAACUACUACGGUACAAGUGUGCAGGCCGUCAAGACUGUAGCAGAGAAGAACCGGAUCUGCAUCCUCGAUAUUGAAAUGGAGGGUGUCAAGCAAAUGAAGCAAACUCAGCUUAAUGCCAGAUAUCUUUUCUUGGCUCCACCAUCCGUGGAAGAGCUGGAAAGGCGACUGCGCGGCCGUGGUACCGAGACCGAGGAUAGCCUGAGCAAGCGGUUGGCACAGGCCAGGAACGAACUUGAGUACUCUCGACAACCUGGUGCUCACGACAAGAUUGUGGUGAACGAUGACCUGGAAAAGGCGUAUGCCGAGCUACGGGAUUGGAUCGUGGAUGGCGGCAAAUUCGGAACAUCGAACUGA